AGAAGAGCCACACCCUCCUCCUCGCGGUACUCCUGUUAACGUUGUCAGGAGACAACAGAGCAGAACACGGUGGAUCUAGAGGAGUAAACCUGGAUAAUAAAUCCUGCUGUUCCUAUGGGCAGCAGUAGUCCCUGGUGUAUUCACUGAUGGACUGAUGUUAUGGACCGGGGGACAUCGUGGCUUUGCAGAUGAUCAAUGCAUCUUGACAAUGGAAAGGCACAAACUCUCCAGAGUCUUCAGCCCCGGUGAAGCGUUUGGAGGCCCUGCCUAUCAAGUGGGCUCCGUUUUAAAACGCUGACCAGCUCGUGGACAUUUAUAUAAUGGGGUUAUGCAUUGCCGGAUCCCGUGGACAUGCUGGGCUGUGUGCAGGUUAAGCGUACGCUGUCUCUUCCGUGGAGAGAGAAGAACAACAGACAAAUAGACAGUGUGUGAAUGAAGGUUUGCCCGGCAGCUGUUGGUGUAAGAAUGAAUGUGCCGUGCCAGCCAGGGGCAAAUAUGAGCAUGUGGCACAGAGCCAUGUGGACAGAGGGGCAGAUUUCUCUGCCGUGCUUACAUCAACCCCCCUGUCACUCAUUUGCCCCUCAUGUUAUAUUGAGGAGGUUAUAUUGAGGGAGUUGAGGGAGGGGAGGCCAGGCCCACGGGGGGUGUGGGGGGGGUUUGGUUUCUCCAAUUAACUGCACACACAAUUCACUUCUGCCCAAACAAAUUGUUUUUCCUUUUAACACCAACAAAAUGAAACGCUCCACAACAUUUACGUGACCUCCGGCUUCGCUUUCCAGUAACCAACCCUCCAGUCCAACUGUGUUGUGUCGCAGUUGGGGAGAAAGUUGGAAUGGGUGGAAGGUGGCCUCAUCUGUUGAGUUGACACGUUUAAAGGUGUGAAAAGCGACGGUCCUAAUUAAACUAUCUAUCAUUUAGUCAGAACAAACUCUAACCCCCUCGUGAAAUAUCUGACUAUGAUCCAUGUGGUCUAAUUGGUCUUGGACUUCUAUAAGCGCCUCUGCAGAUUAUCGCCAUACGACCUCGCAGGGCCGAGGAGAGGAAUCGCCUUACAGACGGGACGCCUCGCUGUCAAUCUGCACUUCACAUGAAGCCAUAGGCUGGAAAAAAUGCCCCUCUUGCAUUUUGCAAAAGGACUGCAUCCAUGGGUGAAAGGAUAAAUAUAGAACCAUUUGACAAGUAGACACAUUUUUUUCCAAAAACUAUGCAGGCGGUGUGCAUUACACCUUGGAGGACGAGGGAGGACGGGUAUAAAAUGAGGAAGAGAAGGGCCGUUCUCUCAUCCGGCUUUCUAGUUUGGGAACAUCGACUCCGGUUGGAACAGAGACUAAUCCAAAAUGGCCUUUGCUGGAAUUCUCAAUGACGCUGAUGUUGCUGCAGCCAUCAAGGCUUGUGCAGCUGCCGACUCCUUCAACUACAAGGAUUUCUUCGCCAAGGUCGGCCUGACUGCCAAGUCCAGCGAUGACAUCAAGAAGGCCUUCUUCGUGAUCGACCAGGACAAGAGCGGCUUCAUUGAGGAGGAUGAGCUCAAACUGUUCCUCCAGAACUUCUGUGCUGGGGCCAGGGCCCUGACAGACGCUGAGACCAAGGCCUUCCUGAAAGCCGGAGACAUCGAUGGAGACGGUGCCAUCGGAGUCGAUGAAUUUACCGCCCUGGUCAAGGCAUAAUGUCGCUCUAUGGAAGCAUACCCGCGCUGCUGAGGAUGUCGUGACUCCGUCAAAUGCUAUCAUCUUUUUUUAUAUUGAUUUUAUUUAUGAAUGUCACUGACUUGAACUGUAACGCCCCUAUGACCCAAGAGUGUCUUCUGUCCGGUGUUUGUAAGUCCAUUUUAUGUCCACAUUUACAGCAUACCAAAAGUAAGGAAUAUACCAUUACCCAUUUGCACUUUUUAAAAACGAA